CCAUGCGGAGCUGUACCCUCCGAUGGUAUCGGCGCUUGUUUGUGAGUGGGGCCGUGCACGGCACCGUGUCAAGCGAAAACAAAGACACGAAUGCGAAUGAGCAAGUAGAUUCACGGAAGAAAUGCUUUUCUGCGAGCAAUAAGAUGACGGAAAUAGACGUGACUGACAAGGUAGACAAUUCACCAUCAGUGAACAUUCAAAACACCAUCCACCCAACAGCCAGUUUACAUUCCUUCACCCAACAAGACAAACAGCGUGUGUAUAUAGCGUAGUUCACAGACAAAUCCACAGUACUUUAAUAUUGUCUUUUGACUGUGUGUGUUGUACGU